AUGUUGUACACUUUUUCAUUCAAUCUUUCAUGUGCAGGUGCAGUCAGGGUGGAACUCUGCUCAAAUCUAAUGGAAGGUGGAACAACUCCAUCUUUAGGCAGGUGAACUUUCUAACAUUAUCCAGCAUAUUAGAAGUUAAGGUGUGACUAUAAAUCUCUGUUGUCUUUGGGUGACUAGGAAACCUUUAGCCUUUACACUUUCCCUGCUCUUUGUAUUGGGCACACUGCAUUUAUAGGUUCAGAGCUUAUUGGCUGCUUAAUUUUUGAGAGCACAGCCUUUUUGAAAAGCAUAACAAAAUAGUGAAAUGGCUAGAAAUGGGUUAAGGAUGUAUACCUUUUUCCUUGCUCAUACUGGGAGGCCACUGGUCACAAACUGCAGGUACUACCCACACUCAUCUUAUAAUUUGCUCUACCUUUAUAUAAGUAAUAAAUUAUAGAUAUGUACCAGUAGUUUUUAUUUUAUUUCCAUAAUUUUUCUUUCUUUUUUCUGCAUAAUAGGAAUGUUUAAAAUCAUCAAAGAGAAAUCACCAAUUCCAGUGUUUGUGAUGAUCAGACCAAGAGGUGGAGACUUUCUUUACUCAGCAGCGGAGUUUGAGGUUAUGAAACAAGAUUUGAAAUUAUUCAAGGAGGCUGGGGCAAAUGGUGUUGUAUUUGGGAUUCUCACAAGGUGUUGUGACUUUAAUAUAAUUCUCAUAAUAAUAAUAAUUAUUUUAUGUCACUUCCACUUCUGACACUUCCAUGAUGACUAGAGAUCAAUUUUUGCUGGUUUAGGAGCUUCUGGAGAAGUCUGAAUACAGUUAAUAAUAACGUUAAUCACAAUAAAUUAUGUUAGUUACGUUGUAUUAAUUUUAUUAUCACAUAUUAUUAUGUCUCUACAUAUACACUGUAACUUGAUAUGUGUUUUUCUUCAGUCAUGGUGAGGUGGAUAUCUCAAGAUGCAAGGAACUCAAAGGUUGGCAUACUAUUUAAGAAAAAGAUGUAACUAUCACAAUGUCAUCACCAGCAUACAGGAACAAAAAAAUUUCUUGACUCUUUCACUGGUAAUAGUCAUCCACAGAUUUAAAAGUUAGAAUGACAGAGUCACAUUUAACUUGAAGCAAUGAUCUAUCUCCCAAAGACUGGUUGGAUGCUCUUCCAAUAUGGAGCUAUGGAGAAAACAAGAAGGGCAAUUAAACUAGGUCAGGCAGUCUGCAUACUGUUGUAUAGUGAAGCCUGUUCUUUAGUACUACCUGAUUGCAUAAUGUUUUUGAAAAAAAAAAAGUGUUUUAUCGCAUAAAAAUUAUAAAAACUUUCAUACUGAACAAACUGAAUUUUUUCUUCACAGAGCUAGCAAGUCCAUUGCCAAUGACUUUCCAUAGAGGUACAUUUAAUUAUUUAUGUAUUUAGCACUUAUUGGACUACUUUACCUGCCCUGCAAAAUGGGCAUCCAAUGACAUAUUAGUUCAAUUUAAACAUUUACCUUAGAUUAUUUGAAUUACAGUAAGAUUACUUGAUAUGCCUUUCGGUAUUUUCAGAAGAAAAAGAGAUGUUUUCUAGAGCAGGUUUUCCACGGCAAGUUUCCUUUUCUCUUUUUUUGGUAAUUUAGGUGGAAAAUGUGACAAGUUUUUCCUUGGAAAGGAAAAGCACGGCCAAUUUUUUUUCCUCCUUAGUUGUCAAAUGGUACCACUUAUUAAGGAGCUAUUCCUAAAGGCCCGGCCAAACGAGUUUAAGAUUUUCCUACACUAAAAGCGCUUUUUCCACUGGUGUCGACAGAUUUUCCUUAAGUUAUCCAUGUCAAAAGUUGAAAAAACCUUGAAAAGGUCUAUUUAACAUUAGUUAACUUACGCAACUGUACGGGAGAGGAAAGAAGACGGCAAACCUUGUGUGAAAAGCGUGACAAUAAUGUUGUUUGAAAUAACUUUUCGCCAAACUUAACUUUCCCUCUAAACAUACCUUUUUGUAAAAGACCAGAAACAUUAAUGUUAAGUGUGGCCUGCGUACAAGCGUUCCGCGCGAGCUCGUCGAGAAAGUUGGGAUGAGAGCUCUAACUUUCGCGCAAUAACUCGAUUGGAAUAACGCUUGCUACGCAGGCUAUGUUAAGUGAAGAUCACGACAAAAAACGCUAUUAAUAGCCCUGUCCUGUUUGUCACGCACAAGUGUUUUGCCAUCUUCUUCUUCCUGCCGUCCUGUUGCGUAAACCAGCUACUGUUGAAUUUUAUAGGGUUGAACUCGGUAGCCAAACGAGUUCAAAAUUGUCGAACUUUUUGAGUCGGUUAUUUAUGCAAGGAUUUUCAUUAUCUGUUGGGACACGUGUUCAGGGCGUGGUCAGUACUCUUGACAACGCCUCCUGCAACUUGUCUGGCCACAAAAUUGUGUGGGAAGUUGCAAGAUAAAUUAGCUGGUGUAACAGGACGGCGACGGUAACGUGCGUGUAAGCAUCGAAAAAGCAAUGUUUUUAAUGAGCAAAACAAACCUCACCAAGUGCAUUAUACUUUUUGUUACAUUUAUUUUUCUCUGUCGUCACUGCACAACUACUAUAGUAAGCCAGCACAUGCAGAUGUGUUUCCGGUCGUCGCCUCUGUCCAAAUACGCAUGCGUUCGCAGGCUACGACUUGUCGACUUUAAUUGUCGACUACGACAUGAAUUUGCCUGCCCGUACGUUAGCACAAAGGCGCUAACCUGCAUGGGGUGGGAAAUCGGGAGGAAGGGGUGUACAUGUAUAUAUGCUCUUAACAGUGUUAAAAUUAAGUUUUACAAUUUGCUGUGUCAUGAUUUUUGAAUUUACAGCAUUUGACAUGGUAAAGGAUCCCUACACGUCAUUAGAGAUUAUCAUUAACUUGGGUUUUGAACGUAUUUUGACUAGUGGACAGGACUCUUCAGCGUUGGAAGGAUUACCAACCAUAAAAUAUCUUAUUGAAAAGGUAAAAAUGCGCUUUCCAUUUCAUGGUCUUUCUUCGCAGAUAAAAUUAAUAGCUUGCAAUUUUGGCAGCUACUUAAGGGAGUAUCACGAAAGUUAGGUAAUUUUGGACAGUGAAAACUUGCUACCAUAUUGAGCGAUACAUAAAAACCGCUCAUAACACAGCAAAAACAAAAGAAGGCAGGGUGGACAAAUUGAAGGAAGUUAAAAAGACUGAAGUACAAUCGAAGUUUUAGGGAAGUUGUUACACAAAUGACACUUUUUACUUAAAAUCGAUCGCUGCUAAGUACACAUAGAAGUCCACACAAGCUACAGUGUCUCAAGUAUUUUCACAACUGGUUGUAGCAAAUGGGGAAUGUUAUUGUGGGCGACAAGAGAAGCCCGCAAUCCUAAUCUCCAGGUUGCUAUUACGCAUGCUUGGCAAGUAUGUAGUAAGCUUCGUUUGGACUUCCACUAAGAAUGAAUGGAAUGUACAGAACGCAAUCUGAUCACGCGCUUUUGGACCUUCUGUCACUCGUUAUGUGAUCACGCGUGUUUUGACCAUCUAUUACGUGAAAUUUAAGCAAAGUACAGCGUUGGAGCAAAGGCGUUUUGACCUUGGAUCGUUGUCGCCCAGUUUUUACUAGUUCUUUAUGUUACCUUAGUUGUGGCUAUUUAAUAGUUGGACCUCUUAUUUACAAGAGUAGAUUGAAUUUCAGUAAUCAACAGUUUUAUAUUAAAAUUUCACCUCCCGUGGGCUAGUUUCAAUCCCACAAUUCAAAAAGCGUUUUCGCUUGUUCUUUCAAUGAACUCUUGACAAUUUCCCGCUAGCAGGAAAAGUUAUGAAAGCUAGGGAACGAAAGCAUACAACUGAUAAAACAGAAGGGGACGUCUUAAGAAAGAUUUAGACGAUGUCCACCUGGCGAAAAAUUGAAAGUAUUGUUUUGUUUCUCUCUUACGUAGGCGAAAGACAGGAUCAUUAUCGUCCCGGGUAAGAUUUUACUUUCAAAGUACAAUAGGUAUUAUUUUUGAUACGACGAGUUAAAGAAAAUUCUUAAUAGGGGAGUGAGCAAUGUCGCGAUGUGUCAUUAUGUUAAUCCGCCAUACCUGUUAAAAUGGAAGAUAAAUAUUACCUGGGAUAGAGGCAGCACUUAUUGGAAGGAAACUAAUAAUGAAUCGCGGUUUUGAUGUUCCAUUGUGUUACAUUUUAGAAGAAAAGAAAAUUUAAUUUAUAGUUUUUAAGUUGGAAAACCUGGUUAAACAAGAGUAAUAUGGCGCGGACUUAUUUUCGUAGGUGGUGGGAUAACCGAGCGCAAUUUGGAACGGAUAUUACGGGGGUCUGGUGCCAAGGAGUUUCAUUGUUCUGCACGACACUCUGUGCCUUCAUUCAUGGAGUACAAAAACACCAACACUUUCAUGGGUGGAGUCCUUCGUCCGCCUGAAUUUGUCAACAAAGUGACAAGCUACGAGGAUGUGAAGAACUUUGUUUUUGUGGCAAGAUCGGUGUUGACGUAG